AUGGAGCCUUCUGUGAUUUGUGCUGAAAACAUAGCUCUACUUCAUCUGCUACACCAAGUUCCCUCUCGACCCUUGGGGAACGGAGUAGAGCUCAAAUCGCAAUCCUAUCCAGGCUACAGUCUUCCUUUCGAAACAGAGCGCCUUUUGGCAAGUGCACUCGCCUUCCUAGCGGGCACCAAAGAUGGACCAGAUCAUAUCCCGGCCGUAUGUCUCAAAGAAGUCCCUACCUCGAGAUCGCUGCAUGUCCUCAUUGCUGUCAACAAAGCGAAGUGGGCCGAUGGAGAACUCGUGCUCGGAGAGCUGGCGAAAGGAUUUCAAGGCAUAUUUCAUUCACUUUCCUCGGCCACAGACGGUAAGCAGCCUGGUUCAAGCUCUUCUUGCAACGUAUUUCCGGCGAUUAUAAAAAUGUGUAGUCGACGUAUACAGUGCCGACUGCGAUUUACUCCGAAUCACCGGAAAAGGAUCCAACCCUCAAUACGUAAGGUACUUCAAGAUAGCCUCGACGCUAUCAAACAGCUUCAACCACCUCCUGCUAGUGCUAGGAUUUAUCUCGAACAAACCAGAGACGUGAUGAAGAAGAUUGCAGCCUGGAGUGCGCAUCAGACACCCGAGCGUUUGGGAGAGCUGGUCACUGGCUUUUAUGAUCUCUCGAGAGUUCCUGGGCUUAGUGACCUUCUGCACGCGAUUUCGUACAAGAGCAUGGACCCUUGUGCGCGAAAAAGCCUGCUGAACAUCAUUGGAAAAGUUGGGCGCUAUCGUGGAGUUGCCAUGUUCCUCUGUCAAGUAGCUGCUAAACAUUCAGCUCUUCGACGAACUAAAGUUGUGCCUGUACGCUUGCCGAAGGAUUUUUUCCGCAAGACUUCGGUCACCCUAGGAGAACCGAAUCUACCAAGGGUAGUAUCGAGGUUCAGAGACCGUUAUGGCGGACGAUACGACAUAAAGAACAUUUGUCAAAUUCUAGGGCUCGAGGAACGACAAGCGAACAGCCAAUUUGUGGACCAAACAUUGAAGUCCUUGAAAACUUCAAGAAUUCACGCUGAGAUGCAACUUAUAUUCUACUGCGAGCUAGAGAGUUUCCUUCCUCCGCCUAGAGUCAUCUGUUCUAGUAAGGAUGCUUGUUUCCUAUGCAACACCUUUAUAGUCAUGCAUGGGAAGUUUCACACGCCAAGGUGCCAUGGCAAGCUAUAUCCUGGAUGGCGGUUGCCAAACACAGAUAUAGGGAGAGAAAGACAACAUUUCAAUGAUCGGCUCCAGCAGCAAAUUGAGGAUAGUCUGGCAUUGCUGAUUUCUCGACGGGCCAAGACAGUCUUCCUGGAUCCAAACGAGAGUACUCUUUUGACACUGCCCAGGUCAAAAUCGACGCUC